UCAGCCCUCGUCUGCACCCAUCAUGCUUCGCGGACAGCCCCAGUCACCCGGGCUUCCCUUCCGGAUUCAGUAGUGGGGAAGCGGCGGCGUCCUGGGUUGGGUGUCGGCGAGGGAAGGUUGUUUUGUUGAUGCGAGGGAAAGUGGGGGGGAAGGUAGGGCCGAGCCGCACGCUGGAGGACCGCUAUGAGCCUCCAGCCCUGUCGGACCGCUCUGUGGCUUCCCGCCCUCCUCUGUCUGGUGUCGGGGCUCCGGGCUCCUGGGUCGGAGGCGCGGAAACACUCGCCCCAUCUCGUGGAGCAGCGCCGAGGAAAACAUCGACCGCCGCACUUUGAAAGUCUAGAAUCUAUUCUCUCAGACUAUGACAUUCUUUCUGCGUCCGAUAUCCAACAGCACUCCUUAAGAAGAAGAGACCUGCAGCCCGAGUCCCACAUAGAGCGACUCUUGAACUUUUCAGCAUUUCAUAGACGUUUUGAAUUAUACUUAACAUCCUCAGUAGAACGUUUUCCCCAAAACUUCCAAGCAGUUAUAAUGGAUGGCCAAGGCAAGGAAAGAGAGUAUCAUGUACAAUGGCAAGAAUUUUUCAGAGGACAUGUUGUAGGUAAGAAAAAUUCCAAGGUCAUUGCACAUAUAAGUGAGGAAGACUUCACAGCGAGGAUAAAUACUGAUGCAAAAGAAUAUAAUAUUGAGCCCCUGUGGAGGUUUCUUAAUAGUUCGAAGGAUAAAAGACUUUUGGUCUACAAAUCAGAAGACAUUAAGGAUGUUUCACGUUUACAAUCUCCAAAAGUGUGUGGUUACAUUAAGUUAGAAGAUGAAGACCUGAUGGGUACAGGGACAAAGGGCAGUGUAUCAAAUGAAAGGAAAGUCUCUCGGCGAAAAAGAGCUAUCCCAGAUCCCUUCAGGAACACCUGCAGAAUGUUAGUAGUAGCAGAUCAUCGCUUUUUUAAGCACAUGGGCAGAGAAGAAGAAAGCACUACCAUUAACUACUUGAUUGAGUUAAUAGACAGAGUGGAUGACAUAUAUCGCAAUACCUCGUGGGACAAUGAGAAUUUUAAAGGAUAUGGCAUACAAAUAGAACAGAUUAUUGUUCAUAGUGAUCCUCAGAAUGUAUCCGCUGGGGAAAGACAUUAUAACAUGGCAAAAAGUCAGCCAAAUGAAGCGAAGGAUGCUUGGGAAGUAAAGGACCUGUUGGAGCAAUUCAGCUAUGAUAUAGCUGAGAAGGCAGCUCAUGUGUGCCUUGCACACCUCUUUACAUACCAAGACUUUGACAUGGGCACUCUUGGAUUGGCGUAUGUUGGCUCUCAAAGACAAAACAGCCAUGGUGGGAUCUGUCCCAAAGCAUAUUACAAUGCAGCUGCUGGGAAGGAUGUCUACCUCAACAGUGGCUUAACCAGCACAAAGAACUAUGGCAAAACUAUCCUUACUAAGGAAGCAGACCUCGUGACCACUCAUGAGCUAGGGCACAACUUUGGAGCAGAGCAUGAUCCUGAUGGACUGCCAGAGUGUGCUCCAACUGAAGAUCAGGGAGGGAAAUAUGUUAUGUAUCCAAUUGCUGUGAGUGGAGAUCAUGAAAACAACAAGAUGUUUUCAAGCUGCAGUAAAGAAUCCAUCCUUCGGACUAUUGAAACCAAAGCCCCGGAGUGCUUCAAAGAGCACAACAACAAAGUGUGUGGCAAUUCCAGAGUGGAUGAAGGCGAGGAGUGUGACCCUGGCCUCUUGCAUCGGUACAUUGAUCCUUGCUGCACAUCUGAAUGCACACUGAAGCCAAAUGCAACAUGUAGUGAUCGGAACAGCCCCUGCUGUAAAGGAUGCCAGUUUGAAAGUGCACAGAAGAAGUGCCAAGAAGCCAUCAAUGCUACUUGUAAGGGAGAGUCCUAUUGCACAGGCAAUAGCAGUGAGUGCCCUCCUCCUGGGAAUGCUCCGGAUGACACAGUCUGUGUGGACUUGGGAAAGUGCAAAGAUGGGGGAUGCGUCCCAUUCUGUGAGAGGGAAAAGAACCUAAGUUCAUGCGCUUGUAACGAAACGGACCAUUCCUGCAAGGUCUGCUGUCGAGAUGAACAUGGGAGAUGCAGUCCGUAUGUGGAUUUCAACCAGAAUUUCUUAUACUUGAGGAAGGGGAAGCCGUGCACUGUGGGAUUCUGUGACAUGAAUGGUAAAUGUGAGAAGCGAGUACAGGAUGUGAUUGAACGACUUUGGGUUUUCAUCGAUCAACUUAGCAUCAAUACAUUUGGAAAAUUUCUAGCAGACAACAUAGUAGGGUCUGUGGUUGUAUUCUCCUUGCUGUUUUGGAUUCCUCUGAGCAUUCUUGUACAUUGUGUGGACAAAAAGUUGGAUAAGCAAUAUGAAGAGAACACCAAGUCUCUUUUUGGCCCCAGUAAUGUGGAAAUGCUCAGCAGCAUGGACUCAGCGUCGGUCCGAAUUGUCAAACCAUUUCCUGCUGCACCAUCUACGAGUCGCCACCAGCCCCUGCAGCCUGUGGUGCCAGUGCCUGUGGCAGCAGUGGUCCCCAAACUGGACCACCAGAGGAUGGACACCAUUCAAGAGGACCCAAGCACAGACUCUCACAUGGAAGACGACUGUUUCGAGAAGGAUCCUUUCCCAAACAACAGCACAACUGCCAAAUCAUUCGAGGACCUGACAGAUAACCCUGUCACGAGGAGUGAGAAAGCGUCAUCCUUCAAACUACAACGGCAACACAGAGUGGACAGCAAGGAAACAGAGUGCUAGUCUGUCUCUCUGUCUUUUGAGCUUUCGGCUCCGUGUUCUACGUCUUGAUCUAAAGCCAUUUCAUUAGUCAAAUACAGUGUGUGUGUGUAUAUAUAUGUAUGUGUAUAUAUAUUGAGAAGGGAAACAAGGAGGUGACUUACUGCAGAUGCUGGCCAUGUGUAUGAUCUUCCUUAGUUUCAAUAUAUGAGACCCCACUUAAAGAAAAGAAACUAAAGCCUCAGAGUUUAUUGAAUCUUUUUUGAUUUUUUUCUAUAGUCUUGAGUUGAACAUUUCCUUCAGCCUGUGGCGUAAUCUGCCUGACACUAGAUUGUACAUGUUAAUAUUUUUAUAAUGUACAGUUUUGUAGUUGAACAACACUGAUAGACCGUUUUCAUCUUCUUAAUAUGAAAGCCCCAACCCAGUUAUAGUUGGUUUUGACUGACUUCAGCUGGAAUGCGGCUGAACCAUUUAGUGACUUCUUAGAUUAGAGCAUUUAGCAAUUAACAUACCCAAAUAAUUAAAAAAAAACCCAGUAUUUUUCUUUUUAAAUGAGGGUGAACAUUUUGCCAAUUGAGGUUUCUAAGGUGCAAAGUGAAUGUGUGAUAGGGACUGGUGCAGUAGUGAUGUGCUUAAAUGCAGAUCUGAGUCUAAGAAUACUUUUGUGGUAAUUGGCCAGAAACCAGUAGUGACUUUGACAACUUUAAGCCCAUUGAUUUUAGCAGGAUUUAGAGAGGUGUAACUGUGCGCUGGAUUGUGGACUCUAUUAUAAAGUAAAAUGGGUGAUGUUGACCCUUUCAGUUGUGGAGGGAGAACCUGAUUUAGGGAUAAAAAAUUUUGACUGCUGAUCAUGGCUUUCAUAUGAUGUAAGUGCAAAAACAGAUUGCAGUUUUUAGGCACGAACUUUGUUUUGAGUUGCAGUCUAUUUAGCACUGCACGUUGGUAGCUCUAGUUUAUUUCAGUGAAGAUUUCUUUAAAAAUUUGCUCACUCAAUUCUGUGCUUUGGCCCCGAUAUAACAUGGGGUGAUUCCCCAGGCGGAAAAAAUGCUGCUGCACAUGGAUUCUCCUUCGUGCCCCUACCCAGGCUUGCAUGGAUAGUUUCGCCCCUUAUCCAGAGAUUCUUGAUGGCGAAUUCAUGGAAAGGCAGUGACUGUGGUGCAGAGAGACUACAAAUGCCUCAUUCUCCACCUGCUAGUGAAGGCUGGAAGAAAUCUGAUCUCUGGAUCAGAGCACAAGUUUUUUAGAAACACGUGGACAGUAACAGUGAAAACAAUAAUGUAUUUCUGUUUGGACCGCUAUUUUGAGGGGGGGUGGUUUACAAUUCCUUUACCAUACUCGUAAGUUUGAUUUGUAUAAAACAUGAGCUGGAUCAGAUGUCUGCUACAAGUAGAAAGAGCGCAUGGCCUUAAUUAUGAGACAUUUGUAUUUACAUAUCUGAUAGAAAUUAACCAAACCUGUGACAAAUGUGCAUUUUUUUCAUGGAUACUUGUUACACUAAUACUUGAAUUUGUGCCUUUUGGGUAUUUGUUUCUAUAACCUAAUAAUUUUAGAUUUCAUACAUAGUAGAGAACUUUGUGAGAGGAGUAUAAAAACUCCCAGUACAAUGUAAUAAAAUCAGUUUUUACAGAA